UUUAUUAUUUCUUGCAAGGAGAUUUUCUCGGCAAUCCGCUCUUGAAAGUCGAAUCCCAGAGUUUUUCAGUUGUCGAAUCUAUUCUAGUUAUGUUCAUCUCAAACCUCUGGAGAGAAAGAGAGAAGCUGAUUGCUGCUACGGUAGAACGUGUUCCGCGUGGAGGUUCGAAGAAUGCAGAUUGUAGAGCUUCCUUGCUGAAAUCAGAACAACUGCUCGCUUGGGUGAGACGCGAUUCCUGUGAAUAUAUUAAAAUGCACAACUGGGCGUAUUUUCAGACUCAAGGCGGCUGAACCACCGGAAGAGAUCAAAUUGUUGUUUGUUCGAUACUCUGAGAAUGGCUACAUGAGUAUUGAUCAGCUUCACAGAUUCUUGGUUGAAGUUCAAGGAGAGAAAAACGCUACUGAAGAGGAUGCCCACUUUAUCUUCAAUAGUGUCAAACAUCUUAAUAUAUUCCCAAGAAGGGAGCUUCGUCUUGACGCCUUCUUCCGGUACCUCCUCGGCGACCUCAAUCUUGCUCUCUCUCCAUCCCUUGGGGUGCAUCAUGACAUGAAUGCUCCAUUGGCUCAUUAUUUCUUAUAUACAGGCCACAAUUCCUACUUAACUGGGAAUCAGCUCAGCAGUGACUGCAGUGUGAAGCCAAUCAUAAAGGCACUGCUGCAAGGUGUAAGAGUAAUCGAAUUGGAUUUGUGGCCAAAUUCCACGGGAGAUAUGGUGGAGGUUCGUCAUGGAGGGACGCUGACUAGCCCAGUGGAAUUCAUCAAAUGUUUGCAUGCUAUUAAGGAUAAUGCUUUUUCUGCGUCUGAAUUUCCUCUUGUAUUAACAUUCGAAGACCACCUUACUCCUGUUCUCCAGGCUAAAGUUGCCAAGAUGGUCACAAAAACAUUUGGAGCCAUGUUGUUUCGCCCUGAAUCAGAAUACUCACAGGAAUUCCCCUCACCAGCAUCACUGAAGAAGAGGAUUAUUAUCUCCACCAAACCACCAAAAGAAUAUCUUGAAUCCCAGAGUAAGAAGAGGAUAAAUAAUUCACAGAAGGAUAAUGAUUCAGGAGAGGAAGAAUCUUGGCAGAAGGAAAAUUCAGGUGUUAAAAAUGAAGUAACUGAAAAUAAGAAGGAUGAGUCAGACGAGGGAGAAGACCAUCAGGAUGAAGAUAUUCAGAGUGCAUCUCCUGAUGAAUAUAGACGUUUGAUUGCUAUUCAUGCUGGGAAGCCAAAAGGUGGAGUAGGGAACUGGCUAACCAUUGAUUCCAAUAAUGUUAGACGUCUGAGCUUGAGUGAGCAGGAUCUUGAAAAUGCUGAAAAAACACAUGGAACUGAUAUUGUCAGGUUUACCCAAAAGAAUCUGCUGAGAGUAUACCCAAAGGGUACGCGUGUUAAUUCAUCUAAUUAUAAUCCUCAUGUUGGAUGGAUGCAUGGAGCUCAAAUGGUUGCAUUUAAUAUGCAGGGAUAUGGAAAGUACCUUUGGAUUAUGCAUGGAAUGUUUAGAGCCAAUGGUGGCUGUGGCUAUGUGAAGAAGCCAGAUUUUUUACUGAAUAUUGGCCCAAAUAAUGAGGCUUUUGAUCCUACAGAGAAAUUACCAGUUAAAACAACUUUGAGGGUAAAAGUAUACAUGGGAGAAGGGUGGCAUGUGGAUUUUCACCAUACACAUUUUGAUCGAUUUUCCCCACCGGACUUCUUUGUGAGGGUUGGAAUAGCUGGUGUCCCAGCUGACACAAAGAUGCACAAAACACAGGUGAUUGAGGACGACUGGCUCCCAGUCUGGAACAAAGAGUUUGAAUUCCCGCUUACUGUUCCCGAACUGGCCUUGCUUCGGAUUGAAGUUCUUGAGUUUGACACAUCUGGAAUACACGAUUUUGGAGGCCAAACAUGCCUCCCCCUAACAGAGUUGAGAACCGGGAUCCGAGUCGUCCCCCUCUGUGAUGAAAGGGGGCAGAAGUACAAGUCUGUAAAGCUUCUUAUGUCUUUUGAAUUUAUUCAAUACUAGUAUGGGCUUGUGUGCUGUUGUUUAGAAGGUAGCUGUGUUAUAUGUGUGGCAUUCAUUACGUCAGUACAUUGUUCUUUGUUGCUGUUACUAAGAAGUAAGAACUCUAUUUUAAACUUGCAAUAAGGAAAAUAUAUUGUAAAAUGGGCCUUCCUCAUGCAAGCCCAGACACUUAGAUGAGCCCACACCAGCCUGCCAAGCGGGCUCUUACGUGCUGUUGGGCUCAUAUGAGCCAGGCCCGUUCAUGAAAUGCUUCACUUGUUCUAUUUUUAUUUUUCUUUUAUUUUUAUUUUGAUUUUUAUGAUAAUAAUAUUCAGCAGCAAAUGUUUUGUGAUAAA